AUGGCGGGUCACGACGAUGAGGAUAUACCUCCAUGGGCAAUAAAGGAUAUCGUCUAUGUUUCCAUAUUGGGUCCCGUCAUCUUUGCAGCUUUCCUUGAGUGGUUGCUAUGGCUAGCUGCUUUUUUAUAUUGUCUAGGAAAAGUGUUUGUGAAGGCAGAUCAUUGGAGCAUCAAAGUUCUUGCGGUGAUCAUGAUAGUGAUGUUCACGGCAUUUCGAGGCGCAUUUCUUCCGUCAUGA